CUUGACAAUGCCGCGAAGUGCUGCACAGAAAGCUAACCGUGCUACACAGAAAGCCAAUCGUCGCUUGAGAGAGCAGACCAAGCCUAGUACUUUUCCGUUCACACAGUUGCCAGCGGAGCUGCAAUUGCUGGUACUCUGUAAGUGCGACUUCGUCUCCGUCGGCCGCCUGUUACGAUUGAGCCCGCAUCUUAGCGCUCUGUUCGUCCGUUACCCGGAAAAUACCCUGCGAGAUAUACUGGCGCAGAUACCACCCCCUCUCGCAGGUCUUGUACGCAUGUCAUGGGCCCUGCACAAGACUAGGCUUCAAGACUUCGAUUCGAAAGAAACCCUGAAUCUUCUUCGCAGCACGGAUCUGCUAUGUUGGGCACCUACGAGCCAACGUAUCUUCGGCGACAGUGACGUCCAGUUGGGCACCAUUCAUGACUUCAUUGAUCUCUAUGUGGAGGUCGACGUAGCAGUCGAACUCGUCGCGCAAGGCUUGAACGCCACCAUGGAGGCACUUGUUAACCCCCGCGCGGUGGUUGCGCCGGUAGUCCUCUCCACGACCGAAUACACCCGGAUUGCAUGCAGUCUCUUCAUUGUUAAGAUCUACUGUCAACUACAGACAAAGUUCAUACACCAUUGCCGCGGCCGAACCGAGUUCCCUGCCGCGUUCAUGACAAGCUUGAAACCCUGGCAGGUCCAACAAGCCAUGUCUGUGGAACAGUUUCUGCAAGCUUGCAUACACUCUUUCGACUUUGCAAUCUACAGGGUAAUCGAGAAAAAGCACAUGUGUUUUCAAAGCUUAUCCGAGAAGUCUUCGUACUUUCAAAAAUACUUGGAAGUUCAAGAUAGCAUUGCUAGUCAUGCUGGUUUACCCUCCUUCAUAGAUAAAUUCUCAAGUGCUGCAAGUCGGCUCCCUCAUCCUCUUCUGCUUCAUCCUCAGUCGAUGGGAAGCCUCAGCGACGUGGGUCAUCCUCCCAAGAGCUCACAAAUAGUGACGCAGCUGAGGAACCACGGUUGGAUAAUUUACAUGUCAGGCAUUGCAGAUGGCACGAUAGAAUACGACCCUAGCCGAUUGUUAACAACCGUUGGACUCCUCUUCUGGGACCAAGAUCGCCUAAUGGGAUGGAGCAUUGUAGAUCAGGGUGAUGUCGCGACCAUCGACGACGAAUUUUAUCGUGUGACUCCGACAUGGGGGUACAACCCGUGACCAAGAGAACACAACUAGGGGUUCUACUGCUAUCGCGAUCCGGUGUACAUGGAGAAGGUAAUGGCUCAGCAGAUUGUUCAGGCCGGUACGAUGUCUGUUGGAAGGGGCGUUGAUUCAGAAGAUGGCACUGGUGUGAAUUGCGACUGGCGCUCCACCGUAGCCUGGUAGGUACAUUGAGCCUGGUCCUGCACGUUGUGUCUGCGGGCUGGGUAGUCACCAUGGAUUCAAGUGCGAAGCGAUGAACUGGACUGAUGAUGAUUCUUAUGAGACUGGGGAGCUAAUUGCGAAGAGAAGCAAUUGAGUAUUUCCUUCAACCGUCAUUUCAUGCUUUGCUUGCGUUCACAUGAAUAAAAUGACUGUGACCCAGUUCAAAUGAUCCAGAUCCUCAAAACGCUCGUCCGUCCGUCCGUCCGUCCGUCAACUUCACAAUCGGCAGAUCUGCUUAGGAACGGAUCCAGAGUGCUAAGGGUAUUCAUCC